AGUCACGAGAACGACAGCGAGUGAUGGAGCAACAUCUUUUCUGUCCUGGGGCUUACAUUCAUUCAUUUUCGCAACCUCUUGCCCAGUUCCAGAAACCCACCAGCUUUUUAAUGUCUUCCUCAGCUUCUCGCCCUCUUUCUGGUUUAGUAAUCAUGAUAUAAAGAACGAAUAUUAAUUUUACUGCAAAGUUAUGAGAUGCGGUGCUGGUAGUUUUUGGCAUGGUUGAUUAGUCUAUUUGAGACCCUUAUAUCUUCCAUGAGGGAACGGUGGAUUUUUUUGAGACAUCUUACUUGAGCUGCAAAUGGUUGAUUAGAAUACAGAACAAUGUCAGCUUACGCCCAUCAAAUGGAGAGGGAGUUCUCAGCUCAGAGUCUCUCCAGUAGAGGAGUUUCUGAGAUGGGAAGCCAUUAUGUGGCGGAAUCAGGGUUCUACAUGACAUCCUUUGCAGCAACUAUCUUCAUUGCUUCCCUUGUAACUGUUGGAGUUUUAUUGACCACCUUGCUGGUUUCUCUAGCCGUUAUGUUACAAUCCUGCCAGGAUAGGAGUAAAGGAGUUAUUGAGAUCCAAAAAUUAAGUCAUGAUUACAAUUACUGCAAGAUGUUUGCUUUGCAUGCAGAACUCAACAGCUUGGGACCAGAUGACUUCCCUUCAAUGUGCGCGAGUCUUGCCGUUCAGCACAAUAAAGGAGGAGCAUAUGAGAGAGAUUUAAAUGCUAGUCUGCUCAUGAUUGAGAGAUACUUUGACAGUCUUCUGCCUUUACAUGAUGGUCUAGAUGUGUUAUUGAUGGAUAUUGACGACAUAUUUCCUUCAAAUAUUCGUUAUACUUCUCUAUUGAUGAACAGAGUCCGUGAUAAUGGCUGUAUUGAUUGUUUUCAAGAGGAAAAGCAUCUGAAGCAAAUACUGUGUCUCAGUUUAUACACAAAACUUCAAGCUAGUGGGUGGUCGUUGAUUUUGUUGUCAAGAAAGCCAGAGAAACUAAGGAAUGCCACCAUACAGCACCUAAUUUCUGCAGGAUACAGGGGUUGGUCCUCAACGAUAAUGAGGUCAGAUAAUGAAAUAGAGAUUGAUAGCCGUGAAUAUUUCUCAAGGCGAAUGGUGGCAAUGCAGAAAGCAGGCUUCCGUAUCUCAGGUGUAAUUAGCAGCCAGAUGGAUGCUUUAACGAGUGCGUCUUUAGGACACCGUGUUUUUAAGCUUCCAAAUCCGGUAUAUUACAAUUUUGAGCAUCACACAGGGAACUCCCGUGUGCUGGAAUAGAUCAUGGUCCAGGGUUGUAUCAUUUUACGUGCUAUUAUGUUUUGAAGGUUUGCCAUUCUUUCAUUGUAAAGUCAGGUGUCAGCCAUAUCGGGACUAUUUGGUUCUGCUUCAGUGUUGUUGUAUACAGAUUUUUAUAUCGUCUAUUUUUAGAACAAAUUUCGUCU